UAAAUUUUUGCAAUAAAAAUUUCCUUUUUUUAAAAAUUCCAAUUUUAUUCGCAAAAAACUGAAACUUUGGAAUUGGGAAUUUCCAUUGAACAUUUAUGAACAUUGCAAAAUAUUCUGAAAAGUGAAAAAAAAAAAAAAAAAUUAUCGAGAAUGUCAGGUUCUCCUUCCAGCAAAUUAAGGCAACAACAUUCAGUCCCAAAUUCGAGGAAUGCGAGGGGUUCGAUUCUUGUUAGAGACAACAAUAGCCCGCGCGUGCCGCUCGCUAAAACAAGCUCACCAUCGCCAACACGACCAAGUGUAAGUUUCAGCAACAACCGCAAUCAGAUAAAAACCAAGGGGACGGAGACGAAGAAAUCAACGCCACAGUCUACAACUUUUGCCAAUAAUGCCACUGCUUCUGGCAGAAUGGUUGCAACUCAGUCUAGAAUUAAAUUAAAGGUUGAUGUGAAGCUUCCUGGCGGUGAUAAGCCGUCUACGCCACGCAAAACUCCUCUUCCCACGGCAGUCGUCGCUAAGUCUUCAGCACGCAAACCAGUCGCUCCCCCGCCAACUCCUCCUUCUUCCCUUAUAGGAGGGACCGUAACACCCAUAAAACCAAAAGUAAAUUCUUCAACCUCAACCCAUAAGAAUGUUACCCCUACCUGGAAUCGUAAUAAUAACGUAGCACAGCGUUCCACAGAACCAAAAAUGGCCGAUAAGGCUUUGGAUAGCAGAGGUGACGACGUAAGCACGCAAACUAACGAAGCUGAAAUCCUCAACUAUUCGUUGUUGGUGGGCGAUGUUAAAUUUAUGAAAGCAAGCAAACAUGUACUAAUCGAAAUUGAAAGACAACGUAAUGAUUAUAAAACAAAACAAUUGCUAAAGACUCAGCGUAAAUUCGAACAACACUCUGAACGACAAGAAGAGCAUAUAAGCGAUUUAAAAGAGUUCUUGGAAAGAUCUUACGUAACCCGAAAACACCGUAAACCGAGAGAUACUCUAGAAGAAGAUAAAAGAAUAAUCACUUCAAUGGAUCAAAUAUUGAACCGUGAGAUACCAAAAACUGAAUCGGUAACAAAUAUUAAAGCUCGAAUUAAACGCAAGGAGCAAGAGCUGUUAAGUCUAUUCGAUAAUGUUCAAAAUGUGCGUACUAUGGGUAACAAGAACUAAAUGGUUUGAAAACUGUUUGUAAUUUGUAUUUAAAAAAUGAAAUAUGCGUAAUAGGUACCGAAAAAAUGAAGUAAUGCGUCUAGCAAUAUAUUGAUCGUAUUAUAAAAUUGACAAAAUAAAUUAUUCUAUGUAACAAUUCCUGAGUUUACUUAGAAAACAUAUUUUUUAUUUAUUUAUUUAAUUUUUAUUUUAGUUUUUUUUUUGUUCUGUCCUGGAAGAAAGAAAA